AAGAGGAGCCGGAAGUGGGGCGCGCGAGGUCUAAGGGCGCGAGGGAAGUGGCGGGCGGGGACUAAGGCGGGGCGUGCAGGUAGCCGGCCGGCCGGGGGUCGCGGGCAUGGCCGAGGCCAGGAAGCGGCGGGAGCUACUUCCCCUGAUCUACCACCAUCUGCUGCGGGCUGGCUAUGUGCGUGCGGCGCGGGAAGUGAAGGAGCAGAGCGGCCAGAAGUGUUUCCUGGCUCAGCCCGUAACCCUUCUGGACAUCUAUACACACUGGCAACAAACCUCAGAGCUUGGUCGGAAGCGGAAGGCAGAGGAAGAUGCGGCACUGCAAGCUAAGAAGACCCGUGUGUCAGACCCCAUCAGCACCUCGGAGAGCUCGGAAGAGGAGGAGGAAGCAGAAGCCGAAACCGCCAAAGCCACCCCAAGACUAGCAUCUACCAACUCCUCAGUCCUGGGGGCAGACUUGCCAUCAAGCAUGAAAGAAAAAGCCAAGGCAGGGACAGAGAAAGCCGGCAAGACUGGGAACUCCAUGCCACACCCUGCCACUGGGAAGACAGUGGCCAACCUUCUUUCUGGGAAGUCUCCCAGGAAGUCAGCAGAGCCCUCAGCAAAUACUACGUUGGUCUCAGAAACUGAGGAGGAGGGCAGUGUCCCGGCCUUUGGAGCUGCUGCCAAGCCUGGGAUGGUGUCAGCGGGCCAGGCCGACAGCUCCAGCGAGGACACCUCCAGCUCCAGCGAUGAGACAGACGUGGAGGGGAAACCCUCAGUAAAACCAGCCCAGGUCAAAGCCUCAUCAGUUUCUACUAAGGAGUCUCCAGCAAGAAAGGCGGCCCCAGCCCCUGGGAAUAUGGGGGAUGUGACACCCCAGGUCAAAGGAGGGGCCCUGCCCCCAGCCAAGAGGGCCAAGAAGCCAGAAGAGGAGUCAGAGAGUAGUGAGGAGGGAUCUGAAAGUGAGGAGGAGGCCCCUGCAGGGACACCAAGCCAGGUAAAGGCCUCUGAAAAAAUUCUCCAGGUCAGAGCUGCCUCGGCCCCCGCCAAGGGGACCCCUGGGAAAGGGGCUACCCCAGCACCCCCUGGGAAGGCAGGGAAGCCAGAGGAGGACUCAGAGAGCAGCAGCGAGGAGUCAUCUGACAGUGAGGAGGAGACGCCAGCUGCCAAGGCCCUGCUUCAGGCGAAGGCCUCAGGAAAAACCUCUCAGGUCGGAGCUGCCUCCGCCCCUGCCAAGGAGUCCCCCAGGAAAGGAGCUGCCCCAGCACCCCCUGGGAAGACAGGGCCUGCAGUUGCCAAGGCCCAGGCAGGGAAGCGGGAGGAGGACUCGCAGAGCAGCAGUGAGGAAUCGGACAGUGAGGAGGCGCCGCCUGCUCAGGCGAAGCCUUCAGGGAAGGCCCCCCAGGUCAGAGCUGCCUCGGCCCCUGCCAAGGAGUCCCCCAGGAAAGGGGCUGCCCCAGCACCUCCUAGGAAAACAGGGCCUGCAGCCGCCCAGGCCCAGGCGGGGAAGCAGGAAGAGGACUCAGGAAGCAGCAGCGAGGAGUCAGACAGUGACAGAGAGGCACCGGCAGCCAUGAAUGCAACUCAGGUGAAGCCCUUGGGGAAAAGCCCCCAGGUGAAACCUGCCUCCACCACGGGCAUGGGGCCCUUGGGGAAAGGCACCGGCCCAGUGCCACCUGGGAAGGUGGGGCCUACAACCCCCUCGGCCCAGGUGGGGAAGUGGGAGGAGGACUCAGAGAGCAGCAGUGAGGAGUCAUCAGACAGCAGUGAUGGAGAGGUGCCCACAGCUGUGGCCCCGGCUCAGGAAAAGUCCUUGGGGAAAAUCCUCCAGGCCAAACCCGCCUCCAGUUCUGCCAAGGGGCCCCCUCAGAAGGCAGGGCCUGUAGCCAUCCAGGUCAAGGCUGAAAAGCCCAUGGAAGACUCGGAGAGCAGCGAGGAGUCGUCGGACAGUGCGGACAGUGAGGAGGCACCAGCAGCCAUGACUGCACCUCAGGCAAAACCAGCUCUGAAAAUUCCUCAGACCAAGGCCUGCCCAAAGAAAACCAAUACCACUGCAUCUGCCAAGGUCGCCCCUGUGCGAGUGGGCACCCAAGCCCCCCGGAAAGCAGGAGCUGCGACUUCUCCAGCAGGCUCAUGCCCAGCUGUGGCUGGGGGCACCCAGAGACCAGCAGAGGAUUCUUCAAACAGUGAGGAAUCAGAUAGUGAGGAAGAGAAGACAGGUCUUGCAGUAACCAUGGGACAGGCGAAGUCUGUGGGGAAAGGCCUCCAAGUGAAAGCAGCCUCAGUGCCUGUCAAGGGGUCCUUGGGGCAAGGGACUGCUCCAGUACUCCCUGGGAAGACGGGGCCUACAGUCACCCAGGUGAAAGCUGAGAUGCAGGAAGACUCUGAGAGCAGUGAGGAGGAAUCAGACAGUGAGGAGGCAGCUGCAUCUCCAGCACAGGUGAAAACCUCAGUAAAGAAAACCCAGGCCAAAGCCAACCCAGCUGCCGCCAGAGCAUCUUCAGCAAAAGGGACAAUUUCAGCCCCUGGAAAAGUUGUCACUGCAGCUGCUCAAGCCAAACAGAGAUCUCCAUCCAAGGUGAAGCCACCAGUGAGAAACCCCCAGAACAGUACCGUCUUGGCGAGGGGCCCAGCAUCUGUGCCACCUGUGGGGAAGGCCGUGGCUGCAGCAGCUCAGGCCCAGACAAGGCCAGAGGAGGACUCAGGGAGCAGUGAGGAGGAGUCAGACAGUGAGGAGGAGGCAGAGACGCCGGCUCAGGCGAAGCCUUCACGGAAGACCCCCCAGAUCAGAGCUGCCUUGGCUCCUGCCAAGCAGUCCCCCAGGAAAGGGGCUGCCCCAACACCUCCUGGGAAGACAGGGCCUUCGGCUGCCCAGGCAGGGAAGCAGGAUGACUCAGGAAGCAGCAGCGAGGAGUCAGACAGUGACGGGGAGGCACCAGCAGCUGUAACCUCUGCCCAGGUGAUUAAACCCCCUCUGAUUUUUGUCGACCCUAAUCGUAGUCCAGCUGGCCCAGCUGCUACACCCGCACAAGCCCAGGCUGCGAGCACCCCGAGGAAGGCCCGAGCCUCGGAGAGCACAGCCAGGAGCUCCUCCUCCGAGAGCGAGGAUGAGGAUGUGAUCCCCGCUACACAGUGCUUGACUCCUGGCAUCAGAACCAAUGUGGUGACCAUGCCCACUGCCCACCCAAGAAUAGCCCCCAAAGCCAGCAUGGCUGGGGCCAGCAGCAGCAAGGAGUCCAGUCAGAUAUCAGAUGGCAAGAAACAGGAGGGACCGGCCACUCAGGUGUCAAAGAAGAACCCAGCUUCCCUCCCACUGACCCAGGCUGCUCUGAAGGUCCUCGCCCAGAAAGCCAGUGAGGCUCAGCCUCCUGUUGCCAGGACCCAGCCUUCAAGUGGGGUUGACAGUGCUGUGGGAACACUCCCUGCAACAAGUCCCCAGAGCACCUCUGUCCGGGCCAAAGGGACCAACAAGCUCAGAAAACCUAAGCUUCCUGAGGUCCAGCAGGCCACCAAAGCCCCUGGGAGCUCAGAUGACAGUGAGGACAGCAGCGACAGCUCUUCAGGGAGUGAGGAAGAUGCUGAAGGGCCCCAGGGGGCCAAGUCGGCCCACACGCUGGUAGGUCCCACCCCCUCCAGGACAGAGACCCUGGUGGAGGAGACCGCAGCAGAGUCCAGCGAGGAUGAUGUGGUGGCGCCAUCCCAGUCUCUCCUCUCAGGUUAUAUGACCCCUGGAAUAACCCCAGCCAAUUCCCAGGCCUCAAAAGCCACUCCCAAGCUAGACUCCAGCCCCUCAGUUUCCUCUACUCUGGCCGCCAAAGAUGACCCAGAUGGCAAGCAGGAGGCAAAGCCCCAACAGGCAGCAGGCAUGUUGUCCCCUAAAACAGGUGGAAAAGAGGCUGCUUCAGGCACCACACCUCAGAAGUCCCGGAAGCCCAAGAAAGGGGCUGGGAACCCCCAAGCCUCAACCCUGGCACUGCAAAGCAACAUCGCCCAGUGCCUCCUGGGCCAACCCUGGCCCCUGAAUGAGGCCCAGGUGCAGGCCUCAGUGGUGAAGGUCCUGACUGAGCUGCUGGAACAGGAAAGAAAGAAGGUGGUGGACACCACCAAGGAGAGCUGCAGGAAGGGCUGGGAGAGCCGCAAGCGGAAGCUAUCGGGAGACCAGCCGGCUGCCAGGACCCCCAGGAGCAAGAAGAAGAAGAAGCUGGGGGCCGGGGAAGGUGGGGAGGCCUCUGUUUCCCCAGAAAAGACCUCCAUGACUUCCAAGGGGAAAGCAAAGAGAGACAAAGCGAGUGGUGAUGUCAAAGAGAAGAAAGGGAAGGGGUCUCUUGGCUCCCAAGGGGCCAAGGAUGAGCCAGAAGAGGAGCUUCAGAAGGGGAUGGGGAAGGUUGAAGGUGGAGAUCAAAGCAACCCAAAGGGCAAGAAGGAGAAGAAGAAAUCCGACAAGAGAAAAAAAGACAAAGAAAAAAAAGAAAAGAAGAAGAAAGCAAAAAAGGCCUCAACCAAAGAUUCUGAGUCACCGUCCCAGAAGAAAAAGAAGAAAAAGAAGAAGACAGCAGAGCAGACCGUAUGACGAGCACCAGCACCAGGCACAGGGAUUUCCUAGCCGAGCAGUGGCCAUCCCCAUGCCUCUGACCUCCGCCGACCUCUGCCCACCAUGGGUUGGAACUAAACUGUUACCUUCCCUCGCUCCACAGAAGAAGACAGCCAGCUGCAGGGGUCCCUGUGCUGGCCAAGCCAGUGAGCCUGCGGGGAGGCUGGUCCAAGGAGAAAGCGGACCAGCUCCCAUGACCUCACCCCACUCCCCCAACACGGGACGCUUCAUAUAGAUGUGUACAGUAUAUGUAUUUUUUUAAGUGACCUCCUCUCCUUCCACAGACCCCACAUGCCCAAAGGCCUCGGGACUUCCCGCCACCUUGCUCCACAGAUCCAGCUAGGCCUGACCUGUGCCUCAUCCCGUGCCGCUCGGUCUCUGGCUGAUCCCGAGGCUUUGUCUUCCUCUCAUCAGUUCUUUUGGUUGUGUUUUUUGGUUUUUUUUAAUAACUCAAAAAAAAAAAAUAAAAGACUUGGAGGAAGGAUGCAAGCUCCCAGUGCA